AUGGCAGCCAAGAUCACCGUCGGCCAGGUUCCGGCCAUGUUUGCUCGGCGUCAACAGAAGGUGUUCAGUAUCGGCAGACGCAUGCAAUCUACCUCCCACACAGUCCAAAACCCCGCCUAUCCGCUCUACCCCUCCGUCGCCCAGCUCCUUCGUGAGAAGGGCAUCCCCAAGUCCGACGUCUCCAAGAUCCCAGCCUCUGGUCCUAAGGGCCGUCUCUUGAAGGGAGACGUGCUUGCAUAUAUCGGCCAGAUCCCCGCGAACUACCCGUCAACUCAGGCCGCCACACUGGCCAAGCUUUCCCACCUCGAUCUGAGCAACAUCAAGAUCGCUCCAGCCCCGGCCCCGGCCGCGCCGGCCGCGGCCGAAGAGGAGGUUGUCGCCAAGCCCCUGCCCAUGACUUCGGUUGCCAUCUCUAUCUCCCUGGCUGCCGUGCUAUCUACCCAGAAGAAGCUCCAGGAUAAUCUGGGUGUGACGAUCCCGCUGUCCCGCUUCCUUGCCGUGGCUACCGACCUUGCCAACGACGACCUGCCCCGCUUGGCUAACUCCAAGCCCUCUGCCGAUGAGCUCUUCGAUGAGAUUCUCGGCGCCGAGCCGAUCAACACAUCACGCGGAGAUUACAUUCCUGAGCUGAAUGCCUUUGAAGCUCCUAAGCCUGUCCGCUCUAAGCCUGUCACCGAGGAUCUGAUCGAUUUCCUGAGUGCCAAGUCACCCAAGAAGUCUGUGCCUACGGCUUCGGUUGAGAGCUCGUCUGGUGUUGCUUCCAAUGUUUUUAGCCUAACCGUCCCUGUUGGUGAGGAGGUCCGCGCUAAGGCAUUCCUGGAGCGAAUCAAGACUCUCCUUUCAGUUGAGCCAGCGCGGUUGGUACUUUAG